AUGAAUAAGAUAGAUGAUCCUUAUUAAUUAAAUAUUAGUUAUGAAACUGAACCAAUCAAGACUAAUACUAUGAGCCUUGGAUAACAAUUAAGUUCAUAGGGAAUUGAGAAUCGAAUGAACCUGCCCACAGAGCUUGAUGGUAUUGAUGAAUUAAACAAUUUAAGAUUAUGAAGGGCCAACUCUUUUUUAUUGUAAUCAUUGUAGAAUGGAUUCGGUUUCCUCUUGUGAAUAUGAGGCUACAGGUUAAACAUUUCUUUGUGCGUUUCUUUUAUUUUUUAUUCUCAAUAUUUUUGGUUGUCUAAUUCCUUAUAGUUCAAAUGCAUGUAAAGACAGGAGGCAACUAUGUCCAAGAUGUAGAAAUGUGAUAGGAAUCAAAUAUUAUAAUGCAUGUGCAUGUUGAAAACAUAAUUUACAACCUUAUAAUUUGAUUGAUAAUUAUUUAUUGUAUGAUUAAUAAUUAAAUUUAUUAACCAGUUGAAUUCAUUUAUUCAUAUACGAUAGGAGGAAAGGAGCAGUAGCAUUUGUAGUUAAAGAAUUAAUUACCAUAAAAGAAGAGGAAUCUAACAGAUGAAGACAGAAGAUAAAUAAACAGAGAUAUAUAGAAUAAGUUUGAUAGGAAGGAAACUCUGAAGAAAAAAAUUCACAAGCAAAUUGUUAUCAAAAUUAACCCCAAGAAAUACCUAAAAUUGUAAUGAAUUAGUCUUUAGUUUUAGAAUUAAGAAAUUGAAGUGCAGAAAGAAUAAGGUUAAAAAACUGUCCCUUGGAAAAAAAAUAAAAAUCAUUAAAAGAGAAAGAAUCUUCCAAUUAAGUUAGGAUGAUGUAGAUGAGUAGGUUAAAGUGAAGGAUGCCUAUGAUAAAGAAUAUGAUAAGGGUAAAGUUAAGAAAGUUAAGAAGAAGAGAGAAAAAUAAACAUUAGAUUUUGA